AUGAUUGAUUUAUUAGCAGCAAACAAUGGAAGAGUUUUAUCUUUACAAAACAUAACUUUUCUUGUAUUGGAUGAGGCAGAUAGAAUGUUUGAUUUAGGUUUUGAACCACAAAUAAAUAAAAUCUUAUCUCAAAUUAGACCUGAUAGACAAACAGUAUUGUUUUCAGCUACUUUUCCUAAAAAAUUAGAGGCAUUGGCUAAACAUAUACUAAAGGAUUCCAUCGAAGUAGUUGUUUGUGGUAUUGGUGUUGUUGCUAAAGUAGAUCAAAGUAUUAUAUUGUUAAUGAUGAAUGAUAAAGUUUCAAAACAAUCAGAUGUUGAUAAAAUGGUCUCAAAUCUUUUGCUUCACAAAUUUCCAUGUGUUUCAAUACGUGGUGGUAAAGAUCAAUUAGAUCGAAAAUAUGCUAUAAAAGAAUUUUCAUCACCAAAUAGUGGAGUAAAUAUAUUAAUUGCAACUUUAAUUGCUGCAAGAGGAUUAGAUGUUAAAAAUUUAUCUUUGGUAGUAAAUUUUGAUCCACCAAGUCAUUUAGAUAAUUACGUACAUCGUGUUGGUAGAACUGGUAGAGCAGGAGCAAAAGGUGAAGCAAUUACGUUUGUGUUUAGACUGCAAGAAAAAGAAAUCAAUAUUUUGGUGAAAGCUUUAAAAUCUAGUUCAAAAGAUAUACCUCCAGAAUUAUUAAAAAUAUCUGAAAAUUUCUUGGGUAAAGUUAAAUCUGGUGAUGUUAAAACAAGUUCUGGAUUGGUGGUAAAGGUUUAG